AGAAACUCAAGCCAUAUCUAACUGUUUGGCUGACAGCAGCGCGGAGGUACGUGAUUGGCUGACGGCAGCACGGAGACACCUGAUUGGCUCACAGCAGGACGGAAGUGAGAACGGUGUCCCAGCUGUGCUGCUGAAAACAAAACAAGACAGGCUUCGACUGCACCAUGAUGGAUGAGCUGGUGCAGGACUUGGUGUCUGCACUGGAGCAGACCUCGGAGCAGAGUAAGCUGGGGGAGCUGUGGGAGGAAAUGGUCUUGAGUCCACUGCAGCAGCGCAGGCAGAUCCGCCGCCGCAGAGUCCGCAAGCGCUACCGCGAGUCUUCUCUUUAUCCGACAGAGCACAGACGUUGCUGGAUUGAGGCCUCAGAGUCCAGCUUGGACGAAGCCAAACAGUACAGGCAGGACUCUUCCUCAACCAUCGCUGCCUCUUUGGCCAACUGCAGUGACUCUGAUGACUUGACUUCAAACAACCGUUGGCACUCCAUCAUGAGAGGUCCAGCCAGGAUGAGGCAGCCCUCCUGGCCAGAGUCUGACUCUUUCGCCGAGAAUAAUCCAGGACGGCCCCUCAGGAGGCGAAGGAAGGUCAAACGUAUGACCUCAGGUGUCGCGGUCAGCCUGCAGCAGAAGUUAAGUAUUUCUGGUGUGGAUGGGAAACGGAGGUUCAGGCCGUCGAGGAUGCAGCAAUUGUCAGAAUCGAAGAAAAGGUCUGGUGGUUGGAUGGGAGCAGAGAGACAUACUGAAGGAGCCAGACUGAUGGGGAAGAAAUGCUGGAAGAGAAAGAUGACCAAUGAGCAUGGAGAUGGUGCAGAUGAAAACAUGUCUGAGGGGGAAACCAGCAGCACGUGCAGCAGUGACCCUGGCCUCUUUACCAAUGAUGAAGGAAGACAAGGUGAUGACGAGCAGAGUGACUGGUUCUUUGAGGGGGAGUGUGGAGCUGGGGCAGGCGUAGCCAGCUUGUUGCCCAACUGGGACUCAGAUAACCAGCUGUCCCUCGACGAUCACCCAUCGCCCACUUUUCUGCAACCUGCACAGCCCUCGAAGAGAGGGUAUCAUUCACGGCUGAAACAGCUGCCAGGCUCUGCUGCCUGCUGCAUCAGGAAGGACAGGAGGAGGAUUUCCAGCAAGGGCAGCAGAAUGCCUGUGUUUGUGGAGAGACUGAGACAUUAUUCUCAAGAUCCUUACCAGAGAGACUUUUGGCGGCCCUCUGUAGGAAAACGAGACCGAAACCAGUUGAAGCCUUUGUGCCCAUUACCCAUGUGUCCUAUUGACAUGAUGUCAGAGAGAUGUUCCUCCUCAAUCUGCAGAAACAGGCAGAUGAACCUCACCCCAGGAUUGUCAUGCACAGGAAACUUCAGGAGGAGUAGGGACACGGACUCUGUGUCCGUCACAUUAUCAGCUUGCAACUCAUUUCAUAAGGACCAGCAGAGAGAAGGGGCUCAGGGAACCAGUAACAUCUUAAAUGUGGAGGCAGCAAGAGCAGCCGCUCUCUCGCAGCUUUCACGGCCUGAGACUUUUUUCGUGGCUGACCGCGAAGACACCUGAACACUCCGACUUAGAACGUGACAAAUGGACACUGUUGUGCCUGAGAAUAAAAAAAAAGACUUCCUUUCCUUACACAAACUUAAUGACAAAGACAAAAGACAAAAAAAACGCAUGUUAUUAGCCUUCAAAUCAGCAUGUCACUGCUAGAUCCAGACAAAUGUUAAUGCAAUCAAGCCUCCAUCAAGUCCUCCCAUCAUCUGCUCAGAUUUAAGCGGAUCCUCGCUCGACUCGAGCCGCGGCAGCCACUCCCCGUUACCACAUGCAGCCUCCAGGCCACCUGCCACCACACAAUCCAGCAAUUAUGUCCACUCUAGUGGCGCUGCGUCUCACAGUGGGAACACUGGGAGCGCGGUCAGGUGAGGCUGAGUGGCUGGGGGCAGGAGUCUGCUCUACUAUGUGGCAGCAGCAUCAGCAGCACGUAGCGACUACCUCUGAGAGAGCGGAGCAUCAGAAUGUUUAGCCGCCUCACGCUGCUACCAGGUUCAGAGCGGCGACCACCAGUCGAGAGCCACACAAAGUACAGACCUCCUAUUAGCAUGGAUUUGAAAAGCUACAGUUUGUACAAAGGUGCUCAUUAGCACAACACAGAGGGAGUGUAGUCGCGGUCCUCGGAGGCCUGCCUCUGUUCUCUGCAGCUCACCUUCCACAUUCAAAUUCCCACCCCCGAACGUAUUUAAGUUCAAGGCCAGUGGCAAAGUCUGUUUGAACUGCCUGUUUUUCAGCAGCACUGGAUUUUUUUGCUUUUGGAGCUGUGCAGAGAGUUGGAUGAGAGUCGGAGGAGAGGGGAUGGAGGAGCUCCUGGAGACGGCAGAGGAGAGUUGUACACACUAUUUUCACCUACCCUUGGGGUAUACAUUUCCCUGACUUCCCUUGGUAUUAGAUGCAUUAAAAGAUCAGUGGCAGCAUACAGUGAGAUCAAACACAACAGUUCUGGCCAAGCUGGCAAAAACAAGCAGUAUUUCCAGAAAAAUUAAUUUCUGUGUAGAAGUCAAGUGAUGCACAUUCUGCUUUAACCUCACCUGAUACAAGGAGGGACAUGUGUACACCAUUUAGUCAAAUGAUCUGCAUAAUUAUCAGCCACAUAUCAGGCGUCUUUUCCGACACUUUAAAGCCUUAUUUAAGUGAAGAAUUGCAUUUAGCAGAAUGAGGUUUGCCAAUUAAUGUGAGUUAUAUGUCUGCAAUAAUCUGUCUGAGAAGGCUUUAUGUGAUCAUGCUGGGCCAGGGAUGACAUUUACAAAUGCUGUGUGUGCACACUCGUCUUAAUGGAUGCCUCACAUAAGACAUCCUGCCACAGGAAUCAGUCAAAGUGUUAAAGCAGUGAGGAGCAGUCCGGCCCCC